UCAGUCGCGUAUCUGAAGCCGGUUCGAUUGGGUUCGCGCGUUUGUCUGUGUUGUGUGAGUGAGGUGCGCGUGUUUUCUUCAUAGUCACCAAUGCACACAGCCUAAUACUCCUCAACACAACGACCCACAUUUUCGGUGCCUCUGUCGGAUGAUGUCAAGAUGUCGUCUACUACCUACUGAGCCUACCGUAUGACUUUGUGAACGUGCGGGAAAAGAGGACAUGAGGCUUCAAUCGGCUUGUCAUGCCUUGACAGUGACUUUGGUUUUAUUGACAGCCGUCAAGACUUGCUCAGCAGAUGAGGCUAGAGCUGUGGUUGUGGACAGCGCGUCGCGUGGACAUCAAGAGGCUGUGCCGCCGGAUCCGGAUGAUCACACGACGGACGAGGUGAUUGUGGAACCCGUGCAUACGCACGGGUCUGGCUCUCUUUCAAGACAAAGUCAUGGGGCCAUUCAGAGGUUCCAGGUGGCGAAAGUGGACUUCCAUCACGUCGCCACACCAUUUAUCAUCUCCGUGUGGAUCAUCAUCGCCGGCUUCGCAAAAAUAGGAUUCCACGUGACGCCCAAGCUCCACCUCAUCUGUCCCGAGAGCUGUAUCCUGGUCGUAAUUGGUGUCAUUAUCGGUCUCCUUCUCUUCUACACUGGACUGACAUCUGUGGGACCGCUUACCCCCGAUGUUUUUUUCCUGUUUAUGCUGCCUCCCAUCGUGUUGGAUGCGGGCUACUACAUGCCAAAUCGCUCCUUCUUCGACAACCUGGGCUCUAUCCUGACGUACGCUGUGCUGGGCACCGUCUGGAAUGCGCUUUCUAUUGGCCUGUGCCUGUGGGCCGUGGGGCUGACGGGGCUCUAUGGGACCCCGGUGCCCCUGCUGGAUUCAUUGCUCUUUAGCUCUAUCAUCUCUGCUGUAGACCCUGUAGCCGUACUGGCCGUCUUCGAAGAGAUUCAUGUCAACGACGUUCUCUACAUCCUCGUCUUCGGGGAGAGUUUGCUCAACGAUGCUGUGACUGUGGUGCUAUACCGCAUGUUCGAAGGCUACACGGACAUGGGCCAAGCGAACAUAAUCCCGUCAGACUACGUGACUGGCGUGGCGUCCUUCUUCGUUGUGGCCCUGGGAGGAACGGCCAUGGGUAUCCUCUGGGGUCUAGUCGCCGCCUUCGUCUCCCGCUUCACACACCACGUACGAGCCAUAGAACCCCUUUUCGUCUUCAUCCUAGGCUACCUCUCUUACCUUAGUGCCGAGCUCUUCCACCUCUCUGGUAUACUCGCCCUUACGUUCUGUGGGAUCACCAUGAAGAAUUACGUGGAAGAGAACAUAUCUCAGAAGUCGCACACCACCUUAAAAUAUGGCAUGAAGAUGUUAGCCAACUGCUCGGAGACCAUCAUAUUCAUGUUCCUCGGCGUGACCACUGUCAACGAUAUCCACGAGUGGAAUACUUGGUUUGUCAUCCUAACCAUCGUCUUCAUUACUGUCUUCAGGUCAAUGGGUGUGGUGAUAUUGACCUGGCCCAUAAACCACUUCAGAGUCCAUACUUUGAACAAGGUUGAUCAGUUUAUCAUGGCAUACGGAGGACUGCGUGGAGCGGUGGCCUUUGCUUUGGUGCUUGUUGUUAACGAGGACGUCAUUCCGACUAAGAAGAUGUUGGUCACAACCACGAUCGCUGUCAUUUACUUUACUGUCUUCGUUCAGGGCAUGACGAUAGGCCCCCUGGUUCGACUUCUGAAUGUUCCAAGAAGUGUGAAAACCCAGAUGUCCAUGAAUGAGAGGCUGCAUACGCGGCUCAUGGACCACCUGAUGGCAGGUUUAGAAGAUAUCACUGGUCAGUUCAUGGGGAACUACAAGAUCAGGGAUAAGUUUAAAUAUUACAACAAUCGCUUUCUUCGGCCGAUGUUGUUGAAAGACCACAGCAUAAGGGAACCCAAGAUCAUCGAGACUUACUCCAAGCUCAACUUGGCUGACGUCAUGAACUUUAUGAAGACCAACAAUAGCUUGGUACCCGCCAUGACAAGCGAGCACGGAGUCUCCCUAGCAUCUCUCUUCAGAACUUACACCCAGACAAACCUGAACAAGUCAGAAAGUACAACAGAAGAUUCGCCCAUCUUCAAAGGCGGAGGCCUUGGAGCCGACCUUGAAAUUCCGCUAGAUCGUUCAAGCACUGUGCUAAACUUCGAUAUGAACGAGCUCCACUACUCGCCCAGCAGUAAGGACCAUGCGGAUGCCCAGCUCCACCACAUUCUUGCCGAUUCCAUGUUCAAGCCGACACGCAGGACGAGGCGACUCGACAAGGACCAAGUGGAUAUUACAGGUAGCCAUCCUCCGUUCCACCACCAUAUGCGCUUGCAAAUUCGCAAGUUCCUUAGUGAAGAACGCAGGUGCCAGAAGCGGCCUCGACCUAGUAGUCGCAUGACUGCCAUGGAUCAGGUCGCUCUCAAUGGAGGGCUUAUAGUGCCAUCUCACACUUGCCAACAAAUGGGCAACGGGAGGAAGAUCUCUAGUGGAGAAAAACCUCAGUUGCGAUUUGAUGUGCCAAUGGGUGGAUCGCUGAACAUUGAUAGCCAUGAGGCUGUAUCAUCGUAUGGGCAGCAGAUCGACGUCAACUGCAAUCUCAGCCAGGACAACGACGAGGGCAUCGUGUUUGUGGCACGCUCUGACAGGACGCCUUCGCCAGGAUCCCGCUCGGAUUCCCCUGCGCCGAUUGACGAAUUGACCGAGACGGAAACUACGCUACCAUGGAAGCGCGACGAUACAUCUGCCGGAGUGCACGCUAGCGUCGACGUCGAGAAUGGUGCCGUGAGGCAGCGAGAGUUUCCUUCUUGGAUUGACAACAGGGAGUACCUUUCGUACCAGUCCCCAACUUCGACCAUCAUUGGUCGUCUGGAUCGCAGUCGAAUGACUCCCAAUGUGUUUGAAAUCUUUGAGCUCAAGAAGCACAUGGAAGGUUUAGAGGAAGAGAGAGAGACUCCGAGUCCAGGGCACGUGAACAGUGUGACCCGAAAGACUACGGAACAGGAGUCUCCAGGACCUCACGACAGGCCCCCGUCGAGAGCAUCAACAGAGCCUGCCACUCAUUCACAGUUUGGAGAGACUGUCAUCGACUUGGAGUGUGACUCCGACGAAAGUAGUUUGCAUGUUAGGCUGUGAUAUCCGGCCUGUGCUGUCAGAGGUGGCCUACGUAUCACCGAAGGCUUGUGAGAAGCAAUUUGAGUGCUGUGGUAGUCGAUUCCUUUUCUGUACAUGAGCCUGUUUGCACAAAUGCUCAACGAGUUUAUCACUCAAUGCACACCGGGUGCACAAUUGCUCGAGUGAAAAACUCGUUGAGUAUUUCCCUCAAACGGUUUCGUGCAAGCGGGCCAUGAUGUCCCUUGUCUGGCAGGGGUAUAGCUGGAAAAACUAUGCAGCUUUUGAUGGUGACGCUGGUGUUCCUCGAUAUUUCAACAGAGGGAGGAAGGCGUUACGGAGUCCGAGCAUUUUUAAUUUUCUCUUUUUAUCGGAAUGUGCACGAGUAGUUCUGUAAGAAAGUGCUGCUUUCGAUUUGCCAUUUCUUUCUUGCUUCUUAUUUUAUUUUAAUUUUGAUUAUUUUUACAUCGUGACAAAUCGUAGUGUAUACGCUUUUAAAUUUGCCGUCCGUUUAUCUCUUUAAUGGGCCUUUUCGUGAUGAAAACAACUUACCCAGACCAGUCUUUGCAGCCAAUGUUUUAGAUUUUAAAAUGUCAUCGAUUCUAGUGUUUACUAGUGUUUACUUCUUUCUGUUUAUUUGGUCCGUCUAAUUUGCUACACCUCUUUGCAAACUGAAAAACAAAUUGGACAUCUCUUGAUUGAGAAAUUGAUGAUUAUGAGGUUUCUGCCCGUAUGAAAAUGUUUGUAUAUAUUUGUAAAAUUUCGAGCUGUAUAAACAUUGUUGCGUAAUGAAUGAAAAGUGCAGUGAGUGUUCCCCUGCUGCACUUGCGUCUUGUUGCAAGCUGAAUCGCUGCACGAGUAAUUGCGAGUGACACCCCGCGUGUCGCGAUUAUAUAUGAAGCUCAAAACCAACAUGCAGACAGUUAGCGUGCUUCACUUGCGCAACAUUUUCCUGAACAAACUGUAUGACAAAAAAUAAGAGGCACCAAGGCGGACCUCAGUUUCACCAUGCCUGAGACGCCAAUAAUGUAGACUCUGGAAUCCAAACUUACCCAAGACUUAUCGGGACCAAGUGCUUAAUGGAAUUUUUACUAUUCAUCUGUAUAUAAGAACUGUACAAAGGAUUUUAGCUACGUGUAGAAAGUAGAAAGCUAGCUAGUACAUACCCGUUAAGGUGCCGUGUAGUUUUGUCAUUACAUAUGAAUAGAGCAGUAAUUAUGGCAUGUACAGAAAUAUUUUGGUGCCACUGGAUUGUAAAGAAAGCAUUCUAUUUUUAUGUUUGUCUCCCGGUGUCACACAUACAUGAAGCUCUGUCAGUGGUACUUGGGCUACCUACGUUCAGCGUAAGACUGAACAUGGGAGAACGUCGCAGCUCAAGAGCAGGCCGUCCUGGAAAUGUAGCGGUUUUGUCAGCUGUUCGAGAAUUAUAGCGCAUUUAUAUCCUUGAUAUUCAAAAAAAAUUCAAAUUGCGUUCCAGCCCUAUCAUGUUAUCAACAAUACAUGCUAUGACAUAAUUUAAAUAUCACCAUAUGUAUAUGGAUGUCUCAGUAUGUUGCAUGAUCACGGAAUAUGUUCCAACACAACAGUAGUUGAAGCCUUGAAUCAAAAGAAGUUUUCUGAGAAUAUUUGAGUAACAUGGCUGGGUGAUGAGAUCAGCGAAUAACUGCAAGAAGUUCUAGUAGUGUCAUUUUAUGUUAUCAAAGCUAUGUGUGCAUACUGACAAAUCAGCCCACCUUUCGGCCAUUGAAACCGCUUCUAUUGUGAUCUGAUAAAAACCAGUAUUGAGUAUUGUCAUAGUCAUGAAAGGGCCAGGCAGGCCUGUAAUAAGUCCUGAUUGCGAGUAUCACAGAUGCCCAUAUUUCCAUCCAUGGCGAUUCGAAGAUUCGGUAGUGACUUUUUCUCUCUCUCUCUCUCUCGUAAAAUGAUGCAAACCGCUUAUGUCAUGAUUAUUUUUGCAACCCACUUUUCAUUGAGGAGUGUUUUCGGGCGUUCAUAUACUGCAAUUGUGAGCAGCAGUGCUGAUACUGUGAUUUCCGAUCUGGUGUGCCUUGCAUAUUAUUUGGAUGGUGCUCGCAUUUAGAACGCAACUGUACUUUCGUUGUGGUGUGCAAAGCUGCUGGCACGCUUUCGGCACUUCGAACGAUUUCUUGCGUGAUAUCUUUGAACAGUUUCAAAGUGACAUGUUUGCAGUGAACGGGAAAAAGGUGAGGUGUACCUUGUGUAUUUACAAUGCAAUGGAAUGCUCGCAUUAUAAUUUGGACCAAAAGAACGAGAAUGCUUUGCGAAAAAUCGUCCUGGCAACUAAAAUUUAAGGGUAUAGAUUUUUUAUGUCUGGAAGAUUAGACAAUGUUAGUGCUCCAGUACAAACUAUUUUACUACACCAAUUGGUGCAUAGCAUAUUAGGUACUCCCUACUCUCCAGCAUGGAAACAGGAAUCCUGGGGAAGUUGAGCCAUGUGCCUCCAUCAAAUUUUGCCUUUUUGCACUAGUAUUCUUGUCCUUUUGGAACACGCUGCAUGUCCUUGUACGAAGUGAGCGAGAAAAAAUUUGCUCGUACGUAAUCCUUCCGUCAAACAGUUACUAUUGUUAUUAUGAAUACUAGCCAUUAUCAGGUUUUAAGCAUUAGAAAGUGUUUAGUCUCCAAAUAGCCACAUGCUACGCCUCGACUUGGAAUGAGGUCGGUAUGCGAAGAGAUGUUCUGCCGCAAUCGAUAUCUUAAAAUAUGAACAUUUUAAAGUGUACUUUGCACUAGGGCUUCUUCGGAAAUUCACCAAAAACAGAAGAUGUAUCUAGUUAGUGUGGCACUGUAGUGUAGGUACUAGUGUAGGUAUAUGACUAGGUAGAAAGUGGUCAUGCCAACUUCAUGGUCAUGGCUCGUGUAGUCUGUCCUUUUUUAUAUCCAUAUUUUUUGUGAGUCCCAAGGCUCUGCGACACAGUGAUAAUUAAUAUAUAUAGCAUUCUUUUUUACCACGCGGUUGUGCUGAAUGGCUACAUCACCUGUUAUGCUGGUGGGAUGCCUUUUGAAGCUACGCUUCCCGAUUUUGUCGUGCACAGGAGUACCAUCGGUAUCUGUUCUUCCUUUUUUUUACCUGUCACAAAGAAACAGUGGUCAAUUUGUAGUAAUGUUGUGUUAUUGUACAGAAUGAAACCUAAACAUGUAUAUAGGUUUCUCCCCUCCUGCAUACCACCGCUACAGCCCAGCUAGUCAUGGCCUUUUGAGUAUCCCUUGGCAAGGUUUCAGGCGUUUGCAAUUUCCAAGUUUUACGUGCCAGACAUCAUGCGUCCUAUUUGUUUUGUUGUAAUUCCGCGUCUAUUAUUUAGUGCGUUGCCUCAUCUCGGUUGUGCAAGUUGCGGGAAGAGUGACCUAUGUGAACCAAGUUAUUGGAGUAGUAUUUAUAUGACGUUAUUCAGUUCUUAUUUGGACGUGCUUCGUUGUAUGAUGAAUAUGUCAUCUUUGAACCACUAUUAGGUGUUCAAGUGUAUGAUGAAGCCAUAGCAUCUGGGAUGCUAGUUUUUAUCUUUCAGUGUGUGUUCUGGACCACCUGGGUCUAGAAUUUCGAGUGACUUUUACUUUUUUAAUUUUAUUUAAACAACUCAUUUCUUCGCACAUCACAAGAAGAGUUCCUAGUACUUUCGUCUGAGAGACACCUUGUGUUGAAUGGAAGGACUGUUUCUCCUGGACGGAAAAUAAUUGGGUCCAUAUACUCUGUAGUUUUCUGCCCAAGUUUCAAGUCGUCAUGUGGUGCAUGAAGCUCUUGGAUACUGCCUCCAGAAUUUCUUUGAAUGCGUCAACUACCCAUAAGCUACCAACCAAUACAUGCUCAUGUUUUCCCCUCUCUCAGUACCACCAGGGCUUCUUCGUAAGAAAUUGAAUGUGGGCCUGCAAUGCUCUAAGUGCUCAGCAUUGGAAUUGCUUAAUUGUUCACUAGAGUUACUCUCUAUGGAUUACGUGAAGUUGACAUACUGCUUCCCACCUUGCGUUGACAGGACAGCCGCAAGUGGGGCACGUGACCACCUUAAAUGUUCACGCUUCUACAGAGGCUCAAUGCUUAAAAAUGAGCCACUGACAAACAUCCAGGAUGUCACAAUAAUCGGAAACGUAUCCGCUGCACAUAGAGGGAUGCAACAUUUCUAUAAGGCUACACAAAGAAUUUCAUGCAUACUAUCCUGUGAAACUACUAAAUUUUUUAAAUUCCACUUCACAAAUACUAACAAAUGCGUAGUGUGUUGUGCCAAAAUUCUACAAAAUAAAUUUAUUUCAAAAUGCUGUUGAAUACACGUAUGUUGUUUGUUGCCCAAGUCCCUCUGUCGUAGGCUCCAUCAGUUGUGUUAGAAUUUAAGAUGGUGUGCAGCGUGGUAAGGUGACUUAAUCAAUGGAAUGAAGCCUUGGAUAAUUAAUACAAUCCAUACUGAAGGAAACUCUCAAGCGUUCUUGAGGCUGUUACCAUUCCACCGUCGCUCACUUAACCGUAACGAGCUCAUGGCUAUUGUGACGUAUUCAACUGACAUUCAGUGAACUGAACUUGAGUGGGAAAAAAAAAACAGAAAAAAAACUCUUCUUUCUCUUGCUCUUCUUCGCACUAUUUUGAUGGUUUAGAUUGUGUCUUUAAUGAGCCAUUUGGAAUCGUUCUGAAAAAGAAAUAAAAGUAUAAGAUGCCCA